GACGAGCAGGCUUGCUCCGAUGCUGGUUAGAGAGAUGUGAGCUGACGUGUGCCCUGGGAAACUGGCAGAGGCAGAGAUCAUUAUACACACAGACCUCGUCUCUCACCCAGGGCGAACUGCAUAAAAACACCCCCCAGAAGUGGGUCAAGCUGUCAUUACACAACUGCUGUCUUUCUACAGCCGGGUCCUCUUCUGCACGAACGCAAACACACACACACAAAGACAUGCGCACGUGCAGCCCUGCACACGCACAGACUCAUCUCUCUAUCUCUCUCUCUCUCGCACACACACGCACACACACUACGCAACAACACGCUAAAGGUAGGAUGCGAUGCCAGCUGGCAAAAUCCGACACGGAAUUCUGUCUGUGAAUGCCACUGCCGCUGUCCGUGGUCCUGAAAUUAGUUAUGUGGCCGAAUCACACAUAAUCUGACUUUGUACAAUACUAACAUGGAUUUCAGAAGCCGCGCUAGUAGUGACACAUCGCUCAGACUUCAGUGAAAUAAAAUAAACUUUGGUGAAAAAGUGAAUCUAAGUUUUAACGAGCUGUUCCAUUAUUUGCUUACUUUUUGAUUGUUCGUCAUUUCGGCAUACGCUUCGGGGAACACAAGCACCUGCCGAAAUGAAUGCCUUUGCUCAUUAAGCCGACUGGAGAAAGAAAGAGAGAAAGGGAGACUGGGGAGAGAGAGAGAGACAGAGAACGAGAGCAAGAGAGAGAGAGAGAGCCAAUCGAUGAAGGGGGUGGGUUAAUGGAACGAGGAUGCUAUACUACAGUACCGACGAGAACGCCGUGGGAGAACAAGAGUUUGAUAUGGAGAUUCUUCGUCUACUCCGUCAAUGCUGAGUUUCUUUAGAAGCUACGUCGCGCGGGCCUGCAUGUUUUACUCUUUUUUCCUUGCAUUGUUUAGUCCGGUCUGCGGACGGGAUUGCCGAGCAGGGACUAUCGGAUAUGGUGCCCGAACGGGAUGGAGCGCCGGCUCUGUAGGCGUCCAGGACGUUUACAGUCAACGGAAACAACACUGUCUGUCAUUUGCAUUCCGUCUUGUAUUGGUCUGAUCAGGGCCGAAAGAGUUUCCCCGAUUUCGUUGGAAUUUUGAAAAGAGCCUGAAUUCCGUGUUUCCCCCGGUGUUCGAUGCAAAGAGCUUCCCAGAGAAGAGAACUACGUCAGCUUAUUUCUGGUUUCCUGACUGGCCACGCCUCCUCGGUCUGAUGGCCCUCCCCCAGCUGUCCUGGAUCCUCCUCCUUCUACUGGCUGGCCACACCCCCAGGACUUUGAGUUGUCCCAUUGGCUGUAGGUGCUACAGCCAGACGGUGGAGUGCGGCUCUAUUGGACUCCGGGAGAUUCCUCCCGGUGUCCCGCCCCUCAUACAGACCUUCUUCCUCCAGGAUAACUCCAUCGGUCAGAUCCGGCUGCAGGACCUGUCCCGCCUGGGCCAGCUGCACUACCUGUACCUGCAGAACAACAGCAUCUCCGCCCUGGAACCCGGGGCCUUCCGCAGCCAGGCCCAGCUGCUGGAGCUGGCGCUCAACGGGAACCGCAUCCACCUGCUCUCCGCCCAGAUCUUCCAGGGCCUGGAGCACCUGCGCAUCCUGUACCUGUCCGGCAACCAGAUCACCCGCCUGCAGGACCACACCUUCCGCUGCCUGCAGCGUCUGCAGGAGCUGCACCUGCAGCAGAACAGUGUGGAGGUGCUGGGGGAGGAGGCGCUGGCCGGGCUCUCUUCCCUGGCCCUGCUGGACCUCAGCAGAAACAACCUGCGCACCCUCCAGCAGGGCUCACUGCGCCCCCUGGUGAGCCUGCAGGUACUGCGCCUCACAGACAACCCGUGGCGCUGCGACUGCGCGCUGCACUGGCUGCGGGGCUGGAUAAAUGGGGGGGGCCAGCGGCUGCUGAGCUCGUCGGAGCGGCGGCUGCUGUGCGCGGAGCCGCCCCGCCUGUCGCAGCGCAGCCUGGUGGAGGUGCCGGGGAACAGCCUGGUGUGCAUCCCGCCGGUGGUGCAGCUGGAGCCGCGGCGGCUCAGCGUGCGGCUGGGGGAGAACCUGCGCGUGUCCUGCCAGGCCUCGGGCUACCCCCAGCCCCAGGUCACCUGGAGGAAGCUGUCCCGCGGCCGGACGCCGCCCGGCCUGUCCCCCAAGGGCCUGGUGCAGGAGGCGGGGCCCGGGCCGGGGGCGGGGCCCGAGGCGGGGCCGGAGCUGGGGGGCGGGGUGACCGCGCGCCCGGGGGGCGGCGCUAAUGGGGGCGGGGCCGGAGAGGGGGCGGAGCGUUUCGACCGGGACACGGGCAGCGGGAUGCUGUUCCUAAGCAACGUGACGGUGGCGCACGCCGGCCGCUACGAGUGCGAGGCCUGGAACCCCGGGGGCGUGGCCCGCGUGACCUUUCACCUCUCCGUCAACGUGUCCUCGUCCGCCUCGUCCGCCGACGCCGCCGCCGCCGCCUCCCGGCCCUCGGGCUCCGCCCCCUCGUCCGGGGCGGGGCUCCGCCCCCGCGGCGCGGGCGUGAGCCAGGAGCCGCUGUACGUGCCGGAGAGCAUGGACUUCCGGGAGCUGAGCGCCGCCACGCAGACCGCCAUCGGCGCGGCCAUCUCCCUGCUGGCGCUCACCGCCCUGCUGCUGCUCGCCAUGAUCUACGGCCGCCACCGCCGCCGCCGCCGCCUCAAGCAGGGCCCCGCCGACGAGGCCGGCGUCCUGUACGUCAACGACUACUCGGACGGGCCCACCACCUUCGCCCAGCUGGAGGAGUACCGCGACGAGCGCGGCCACGAGAUGUACGUCCUCAACCGCAGCAAGCCCGUCCUGGCCCCGCCCCUGCCCCCGCCCCCGGCCCCGCCCACCCCCCGCGGGCCCACCCCCUCCCCGUCUCAGGACCUCGGGGGCGGGGUCGGGGGAGGGGGCGGGGGCGGGGCCGGGGGGGUGGGGCUGCGGAGGCCCGCGGAGGGCGGGGAGGGCGUGGCCGUGGACCCCGAGGCCCUGUUCCUCAGCCAGGGCCUGCUGUUCGACACGCAGAUGGCGUACGAGAUACACUGCUGACGGGCGCGCCUGAGCCCCGCCCCCUUUCAUAGCUCCGCCCACACUCCUGUGCCCCAGGGUUUGUGUGACAGGAGGCCAAGGACCCAGACUGUGAACACACACACACACACACACACACACUCACACACUCACACACGCACGCACGCACGCACAUGCACAUGCACACACACUCAC